UUCCUGAAACAGUUCUCUAUCUCUCUGUCAUUUUUGUGUUCCUCUCUCUCUCUCUAUAUUCUCCGUACCGCCGAUAAACUUGUACACAUCUUCGCCUGCUGCUUCUUGAUUGAUGUUCGGUGCAAAAAUUGGGUUCAGACUGCUUCACAUUUUCUCAGAAUCCGGUUAGGGUUCUGGGCGGGCUUUGUUCUAGUUCCUGAGUGAUUCUUGCUCACCCCUAGUCUGUCUGUAUCCCGAGAAUUCCGGCGGCCGGCUCUCGGUGGCGGGGAACUCUGAUGCAUUCAGGAACUGGCUUAGGGUUUUGAUUAUCAUCUCUUCUUUAUCUUUUCUUGAUCAUGGCGCUGGCGAGCGCAUCUCAGUCUAUUAGGUACAUCGGUCCGGCGCCUGCUGCUGGCGCCGGCAACCUCGACGCCAUCAACCGUGCCCUGGCGGACCUCUCUGUGCGGGGAAACGCUGCCGGAAACCUCGACGCCCUCAACCGCGUCCUGGCGGACCUUUGUGUGCGCGGCAACCCCAAGGAUGGGGCUGGUCCAGCAUUGAGACGACAUGUAGAGGAGCAAGCACGGGAUCUCAGUGGCGAAGCAUUUUCUCGUUUUAUGGAUCACUUGUACGAUCGCAUUACCAAUUUAUUGGAAAGCAAUGAAGUUGCUGAGAAUUUGGGGGCCUUGAGGGCCAUUGAUGAGCUUAUAGAUGUUGGAAUUGGGGAGAAUGCUGUGAAAGUUGCAAAGAUUUCUAAUUAUAUGAGAACUGCAUUCGAGGCAAAGCGUGAACCUGAAACUUUAGUUGUUGCAAGUAAAGUUUUGGGCCACUUAGCAAGGGCUGGCGGAGCAAUGACGGCAGAUGAAGUAGAAAGGCUGGUCAAAAUUGCAUUGGAAUGGCUUCGUGGCGAUCGAGUCGAAUACCGUCGCUUUGCUGCUGUGUUAAUUUUAAAAGAAAUGGCUGAGAAUGCUUCAACAGUUUUCAACGUGCAUGUUCCUGAGUUUGUGGAUGCUAUUUGGGUUGCCCUGAGGGAUCCAAAACUGGAUGUCCGGGAGCGAGCUGUAGAGGCAUUGCGGGCUUGUCUUAGAGUCAUUGAGAAACGGGAGACACGAUGGCGUGUCCAAUGGUAUUAUCGCAUGUUUGAAGCUACACAAGAUGGACUUGGAAGAAAUGCCCCUAUACAUAGCAUACAUGGUUCGCUUCUUGCAGUUGGCGAGUUGCUGAGGAAUACCGGAGAGUUCAUGAUGUCUAGAUAUAGAGAAGUAGCUGAGAUCGUUCUACGGUAUCUUGAACACAGGGACCGCCUAGUUCGUCUUAGCAUAACUUCUUUGCUUCCUCGAAUCGCCCAUUUCCUGCGUGACCGUUUUGUGACUAACUAUCUGUCGAUUUGUAUGAAGCAUAUACUUCAUGUCCUUAAAAUACAAGCAGAAGCUGCUAGUGGAUUCAUUGCCCUUGGGGAGAUGGCUGGUGCAUUGGAUGGUGAACUCAUCAAUUAUUUGCCGACAAUAACUACACACUUGCGUGAUGCUAUUGCUCCUCGUAGAGGGCGACCUUGCAUGGAGGCAUUGGCUUGUGUUGGAAAUAUUGCUAAAGCCAUGGGACCUCCUAUGGAACCAUUUGUGCGAAGUCUUUUGGAUGCAAUGUUUUCCGCUGGAUUAUCCUCAACCCUUGUACAAUCCCUUGAGAACAUAACUACCGGCAUUCCUUCUCUGCUUCCAACAAUACAAGUGCGUUUACUUGAAUGCAUCUCAGGAGUUCUUUCUCGACCUCAACAAAAUCAGUCAAGGCCUUCUGUUACCAUUACGAGGACUGCUAGCAUUUCAGCCCCUCUGCAAGUGUCUGACCUGAGUGGUUCUGCUCUUGUUCAACUUGCUUUGCAAACGCUUGCUCGGUUUCAUUUUAGGGGUCAUGACCUUCUGGAGUUUGCUAGAAACUCUGUUGUUGUAUAUUUGGAAGAUGAUGAUGGAGGUACAAGAAAAGAUGCUGCUUUGUGUUGCUGCAAAUUGAUGACAAAUUCCUUGUCUGGCUUAUCUUCCACCCAGUAUAAUCCUAGUAGGACAAGUCGUUCUGGUGGAAGACGCCGCCGCCUAAUUGAGGAGAUUGUAGAAAAGCUUCUUAUUGCAGCUGUUGCUGACUCUGAUGUUACUGUUCGGAGAUCUAUAUUUUCCUCUUUGCAUGAUAAUCGGGGAUUUGAUGAUUUUCUGGCACAAGCAGAUUGUUUGACUGCAAUUUUUGCUGCUCUCAAUGAUGAGGACUUCGAAGUUCGAGAAUUUGCAAUUUCAGUUGCUGGAAGACUAUCUGAAAAAAAUCCAGCUUAUGUACUUCCAGCUCUCCGUCGGCAUCUUAUUCAGUUAUUAACUUAUCUAAAGCAAAGUGCUGACAGCAAAUGCAGAGAAGAAAGUGCAAAAUUAUUGGGAUGCUUAAUUCGCAACUGUGAGAGAUUAAUAUUGCCAUAUAUUGCUCCCAUACACAAGGCCCUGAUUGCUAAACUCAAUGAAGGAACUGGGGUAAAUGCUAAUAAUGGAAUUAUCAGUGGAGUUCUGGUAACCGUUGGUGAUCUUGCCAGGGUGGGGGGCUUUGCAAUGAGACAGUAUAUUCCAGAACUUAUGCCCUUAAUUGUUGAUGCUUUAUUAGAUGGUGCAGCUGCCUCGAAACGGGAAGUUGCCAUCACAACCCUGGGUCAAGUUGUACAAAGCACAGGUUAUGUCAUUACUCCAUAUAAUGAGUAUCCUCAGUUGCUUGGAUUACUUCUAAAAUUGCUUAAUGGUGAGCUAGCAUGGUCCACCAGACGAGAAGUUUUGAAGGUUCUAGGAAUAAUGGGUGCUUUAGAUCCCCAUGCACAUAAACGAAAUCAGUUAAGCUUACCAGGGCCACACGGAGAAGUUGCCCGUGCUGGUGCUACUGGUGAUCCUGGUCAACAUAUUCAUUCGAUGGGUGAACUUCCUAUGGAUCUGUGGCCAUCUUUUGCCACAUCGGAAGAUUAUUACUCCACGGUUGCUAUCAGUUCCCUCAUGCGAAUUUUCAGAGAUCCUUCGCUUUCUAGUUACCACCAAAAGGUGGUUGGAUCUCUAAUGUUCAUAUUUAAGUCAAUGGGCCUUGGCUGUGUUCCUUACCUUCCCAAGGUGCUGCCGGAUCUCCUCCAUACUGUUCGUAAUUGUGACGAUUCCCUUAAGGAGUAUAUAACAUGGAAACUUGGUACCCUGGUUUCCAUUGUUCGCCAGCAUAUUCGUAAGUAUCUUCCGGAGUUGUUCUCUUUAAUAUCAGAACUAUGGUCAUCCUUUAGUUUGCCAGCUACGAACCGGCCAGUGCAUGGAUCUCCUAUCUUGCAUUUGCUCGAGCAACUCUGUUUGGCUCUCAAUGAUGAAUUUAGGACCCACCUUCCUUUUAUUCUUCCAUCAUGUAUUCAAGUCCUUAGUGAUGCUGAAAGGUUUAAAGACUACACUUAUGUAGUUGAUAUUCUCCGCACUCUUGAAGUUUUUGGCGGGACUUUGGAUGAGCAUAUGCAUUUACUUCUUCCUGCACUUAUACGAAUUUUCAAAGUGGAUGCUUCAGUAGAAGUGCGUCGUGCUGCUAUCCGAACUCUCACUAGAUUGAUUCCUCGUGUGCAGGUUACAGGUCACAUUUCUGCUCUUGUGCAUCACCUGAAGCUUGUCCUGGAUGGGAAAAAUGAUGACCUUAGAAAGGAUGCUGUGGAUGCACUUUGCUGCCUUGCUCGUGCUCUCGGGGAGGAUUUCGCCAUUUACAUUUCAUCUAUUCAGAAGCUCUUACUGAAGCAUCGCUUGCGGCAUAAGGAGUUUGAAGAAAUUGCAGAAUGCCUAGAAAAAAGGGAGCCUUUGAUUCUUGGGAGUGCUGCUUCCCAAAAACAAAAUUCCCGGCUCCCGCGGGAGGUUAUAAGUGACCCUUUAAGUGAUACAGAGGAUCAAGAUGAUAGAAUUGAUCUGCAUAAGCCCCAUCAGGUUAAUGAAGCACGACUACGUGCUGCUGGGGAGGCUUCUCAGCGUAGUACAAAAGAGGACUGGGCUGAGUGGAUGAGGCAUUUUAGCAUUGAACUACUAAAAGAAUCACCUUCACCAGCUUUGAGAACGUGUGCCAAGCUUGCCCAGUUGCAACCUUUUGUUGGAAGAGAGUUGUUUGCUGCUGGUUUUGUUAGCUGCUGGACACAACUGAAUGAGCAUUGCCAAAGGCAGCUAGUUCGAAGUUUGGAAAUGGCCUUUUCAUCUCCGAACAUACCUCCAGAAAUUCUUGCUACACUUUUAAACUUGGCCGAAUUCAUGGAACAUGAUGAAAGGCCCCUUCCAAUUGAUAUUCGUCUGCUUGGUGCUCUAGCUGAAAAGUGCCGUGCAUUUGCGAAGGCUUUGCACUAUAAAGAGAUGGAGUUUGAAGGUGCCCGCUCAAAUAGGAUGGAUGGAAACCCUGUUACUGUUGUUGAAGCUCUUAUUCAUAUCAAUAAUCAACUACACCAACAUGAGGCGGCAGUUGGAAUACUAACAUAUGCUCAACAACAUUUGGGAGUUCAACUGAAAGAGUCAUGGUAUGAAAAACUUCAGCGAUGGGCUGAUGCUCUCAAAGCUUACACUGUUAAAGCCUCCCCCACUCCAUCUCAACCAACACCGCCACAUCUUGUUCUAGAUGCAACUCUUGGGCGAAUGCGAUGCCUGGCUGCACUUGCUCGGUGGGAAGAGCUCAACAAUCUCUGCAAGGAGUACUGGACACCUGCUGAGCCGGCUGCUCGGCUGGAGAUGGCACCCAUGGCUGCACAUGCUGCCUGGAACAUGGGCGAGUGGGAUCAGAUGGCUGAAUAUGUAUCUCGGUUGGAUGAUGGGGAUGAAACCAAGCUUAGAGUUUUGGGUAACACUGCCGCUACAGGCGAUGGGAGUAGUAAUGGAACGUUUUUUAGGGCUGUUCUAUUAGUUCGUCGAGAAAGGUAUGAAGAAGCACGUGAAUACGUUGAAAGAGCCAGGAAAUGUUUGGCUACAGAAGUAGCUGCACUGGUUCUUGAAAGUUACGAACGUGCAUACAGCAAUAUGGUUCGCAUCCAGCAGUUAUCAGAGUUAGAGGAGGUCAUUGAUUACUGUACCCUUCCAACUGGAAACCCUGUUGCUCAGGGACGACGAACUCUCAUCCGCAACAUGUGGAAUGAACGGAUAAAAGGUGCAAAACGGAAUGUUGAGGUUUGGCAAGCACUUCUGGCAGUCAGGUCCCUUGUUCUGCCACCAACAGAAGACGCGGAAACAUGGAUAAAGUUUGCAUCCCUUUGCCGUAAAAGUGGCAGAAUAAGCCAAGCUAGAUCAACCUUAACCAAACUCUUACAGUUCGAUCCUGAAACAACUCCGGAGUCUGUAAAAUAUCACGGGGAUCCUCAAGUAAUCCUAGCAUAUUUGAAGUAUCAGUGGUCUCUUGGGGAAGAUCAUAGGCGCAGAGAAGCAUUAGCCAGACUGAAGGAUUUGGCCAUGGACCUCUCAAGAAACUCUAUUAUUCAACAAACCCCACAGUCUAGCCUGUCGGGGCCGUCAAAUAUGCCACUUGUUGCCCGCGUUUAUCUCAAAUUAGGAACUUGGCAGUGGGGACUGACCCCAGGUUUGGAUGAUGACUCUAUACAAGAAAUCCUUGGUGCAUUUCGAAAUGCAACUCAUUGUGCAUCUAAAUGGGCAAAAGCUUGGCAUAAAUGGGCACUUUUUAAUACUGCAGUUAUGUCUCAUUACACCGUGAGAGGUUUUUCUGGUGUUGCGGCACAGUUUGUUGUUGCUGCAGUCACUGGUUAUUUUCACUCUAUCGCUUGUGGUGCACAUGCAAAAGGUGUCGAUGAUAGUUUACAGGAUAUCCUGCGUCUCCUCACUUUGUGGUUCAACCAUGGAGCUACAACAGAAGUUCAGACGGCUUUGCAAACAGGAUUUUCCCUAGUUAAUAUAAACACAUGGUUGGUUGUUUUGCCUCAGAUAAUUGCCAGGAUACAUUCCAAUAACCAUGCAGUCAGAGAACUGAUACAGUCACUAUUGGUCCGAAUUGGUCAGAGUCAUCCACAGGCUCUUAUGUACCCUCUUCUUGUGGCCUGCAAAUCUAUUAGCAAUUUGCGGAAACAGGCAGCUCAAGAAGUUGUUGACAAAGUUCGACAACAUAGUGGUGUCCUAGUGGAUGAGGCUCAACUCGUAUCUACGGAAUUGAUACGAGUUGCAAUACUUUGGCAUGAAAUGUGGCACGAGGCGUUGGAAGAAGCUAGCCGCUUAUAUUUUGGUGAACAUAAUAUUGAGGGAAUGCUGACUGUCUUAGAGCCACUCCAUGAAAUGUUAGAGGAAGGGGCGAUGAGGAGCAAUACCACCACAAAAGAAAAAAGUUUCAUCCAGAUGUAUCGCCAUGAACUUAUGGAGGCUUAUGAAUGUUGCAUGAAAUAUAGAAGAACUGGUAAAGAUGCAGAGUUAACUCAGGCUUGGGAUCUCUAUUACCAUGUCUUUAGGCGUAUCGAUAAACAGCUCCAAACUCUCACCACUCUGGACUUGCAGUCUGUCUCUCCAGAACUGCUAGAGUGUCGUGAUCUGAAACUGGCUGUUCCUGGAACUUAUAAAGCUGAUGUACCGGUGGUGACAAUUGCAUCAUUUGCGCCUCAACUCGUUGUCAUUACAUCCAAACAACGACCUCGUAAGUUGACAAUUUAUGGAAGCGAUGGAGAAGAUUAUGCUUUCCUUCUUAAAGGACAUGAAGACUUACGCCAGGAUGAGCGUGUCAUGCAGCUCUUCGGUUUAGUAAAUACUUUACUGGCGAAUUCUAGAAAAACUGCUGAGAAAGAUCUCUCCAUUCAAAGAUAUUCUGUCAUUCCUUUAUCUCCAAACAGUGGCCUCAUUGGAUGGGUCCCAAAUUGUGAUACCUUGCAUCAUCUCAUCCGGGAGUAUAGGGAUGCUAGAAAGAUCACUCUGAACCAAGAGCAUAAGUUAAUGCUCAGUUUCGCCCCAGAUUAUGAUCAUUUGUCUCUUAUAGCCAAGGUUGAGGUCUUUGAGUAUGCGUUACAAAAUACAGAAGGAAAUGACCUAGCAAGGGUUCUCUGGUUAAAGAGUCGAACUUCUGAGGUCUGGUUGGACAGGAGGACAAACUAUACUAGAAGCUUGGCUGUCAUGAGUAUGGUUGGUUACUUACUUGGCCUUGGUGAUCGACAUCCAAGCAAUCUCAUGCUCCACCGUUCCAGUGGGAAGAUACUUCACAUUGAUUUUGGAGAUUGCUUUGAAGCUUCCAUGAACCGAGAGAAAUUUCCAGAGAAGGUUCCAUUUCGCCUUACUAGAAUGCUUGUCAAAGCAAUGGAGGUCAGUGGUAUUGAAGGAAACUUCCGUUCCACUUGCGAGAGUGUCAUGCAGGUUCUACGCACAAAUAAAGAUAGUGUUAUGGCAAUGAUGGAGGCAUUUGUGCACGAUCCCCUGAUAAAUUGGCGUCUCUUCAACUUUAAUGAAGUUCCCCAAAUGUCUACUCUCACAAGUACACACACUCAACCUGUUGUGAAUGGGGAUGAGUCUGCUGCCAAUCGAGAGAUGCUACAACCGCAACGAGGCGUCCGUGAGAGAGAACUUCUUCAGGCUGUGAAUCAAUUGGGUGAUGCGAAUGAGGUAUUGAACGAGAGAGCCGUCGUUGUGAUGGCAAGAAUGGGCAACAAACUUACAGGAAGAGAUUUUUCUACAUCCUCGUCUUUACCUUCUAGCUCACUCCCGCACGUGGUAGACCAUAGCACCUUGAUCUCUGGUGAUACUCGCGAAGCGGAACAUGGCCUUUCCGUCAAAUUACAAGUUCAGAAACUUAUCCUUCAAGCAACAUCACAUGAGAAUUUGUGCCAGAAUUAUGUCGGGUGGUGUCCUUUCUGGUGAAGCCCCAUCAUACCUUUUGUGGAUGUCAACCAAGCACAGGAAAUACAUACAUACAUACAAUGUAUUCGAAUGUAAGAGGAGUUGCAGUAGUAUGCUUUGUGUAUAGUAAAAACCAUUCGUUCAAACAAGCUAUUAUUGUGUGUGCAUACAGAGUUAAACUGAAGGUUGGUUUUGUGGCUGGCUACCUUUUAACUUAAGCAGUUAAACUGAACUUGCUCCAAUGCUGCCAGCCAACUCUGGUUUAUUUAUGUUUGUUAUUUCAUUUUUUCUUAUUA